AUGAAUGGAGGCAACCACUCUGUGGUGUCUGAGUUUGUGUUCCUGGGACUGUCCAAUUCCUGGGAGAUUCAACUUCUUCUCUUUUGCUUUUCCUGUCUUUUCUACAUAUCCAGUAUGAUGGGAAACCUGCUCAUAGUGGUCACUGUGACCUCUGACCCUUACUUACACUCCCCCAUGUACUUUCUGCUUGCCAACCUCUCCAUCCUUGACCUGCUGUUUUGUUCCAUUGCAGCACCCAAGAUGAUUUGUGAUAUUUUCAAGAAGCAGAGAGUCAUCUCCUUUGGAGGCUGUUUAGCUCAGAUCUUCUUCAGUCAUGCUGUUGGGGGCACUGAGAUGGUACUGCUCAUAGCCAUGGCCUUUGACAGAUAUGUGGCCAUAUGUAAGCCUCUCCACUACCCGACCAUCAUGAGCCCACAGAUGUGCAUUUUGAUUUCAGUGGUUGCCUGGACCAUUGGUCUUAUGCACUCAGUGGUCCAGUUGGCUUUUUUUGUAAACUUGCCCUUCUGUGGCCCUAAUAUAUUAGACAGCUUUUAUUGUGACAUACCUCAGCUCAUCAAACUUGCUUGCACAGAAUCUUAUAGACUAGAGUUCAUGGUCAGUGUUAAUAGUGGGUUCAUGUCCUUGGGAGCUUUCUUUCUGAUCAUCCUUUCUUACAUCUUCAUCCUGGCCAGUCUUCGGAAAUACUCUUCCGGUGGUUCCCCCAAAGCUCUUUCCACUCUGUCAGCUCACAUUUCUGUGGUGGUUUUUUUCUUUGGUCCACUGAUUUUUUUCUAUAUGUGGCCCUCUCCUUCAAGACAUCUGGAUAAAUUUCUAGCCCUAUUUGAUGCUGUUAUAAUUCCAUUUCUAAAUCCAGUCAUUUACACAUUCAGAAACAGAGAAAUGAAGACGGCAAUGAGGAGAGUACUUGGUCAGAUGAAAGGCUUUAGAAAAAUCAUUUAA